AUGGGAGAAAAAGGCCCGUAUAUCCCACCCCUCAUUGGGUGGAUGUAUGAUUUGACCCUUUGGACAUUCUCUGUGCUCAUCGACCUCUUCUUCCGCGAAGUGCACCCCCGAGGAUCAUGGAAGAUCCCCCGUCGCGGUCCCAUCAUCCUGGUGGCAGCUCCCCAUGCGAACCAGUUCGUGGACUCUUUGGUUUUGAUGCGCGUCAUUCGCAGCGAAGCGCAACGUCGGAUCUCAUGGCUCAUUGCGGAGAAAUCUUUUCGACGCAAGUUUAUCGGAUUUCUUGCGAGAGGAAUUGGAACGUUGCCCGUGGCACGGGCUAUGGACAAUUUGAAACCCGGAACGGGCACCGUAUAUCUUCCAGAUCCGAUCAACCAGCCAACUUUGCUGCGAGGUGUCGGAACUAACUUCGAAGGAAAAGGCUUUGAGGUGGAUGGAACCAUCGCUUUGCCUACUGUCAAUGGAACAUCCCACAGUACGGCAAUUGCAGAGAUCAAGGGACCGGAGGAGUUGAUCCUCAAGAAGGCGUUCAAGCACAAAGAUGCGCUCUUCCAGCUCACUGGACGUCAAGAUAUUGACGAGGAUGGCAAGUUCACUGGAGAUGCAUCCGAGCAGGUCUCAGAUUUCAAGGGCACCAAGUUCAAGGUCGCUCCGCAUGUGGAUCAGACUGCAGUAUACCAGGCAGUUUUUAAAAGACUAGGCGCUGGAGGCUGUGUCGGUAUCUUUCCGGAAGGCGGAAGCCAUGAUCGCACUACACUACUUCCCCUGAAAGCUGGCGUCGCUCUGAUGGCUCUCGGCACCCUGGCCGAGAACCCGGACUGUGGCUUAAAGAUCGUUCCUUGCGGUAUGAACUAUUUCCAUGCCCAUAAAUUCCGCUCCCGCGCCGUGAUUGAGUUUGGCACUCCCAUCGACGUUCCUCCAGAAUUGGUGGAGCAGUUCAAGCAGGGUGAACGACGUGAGUCUGUCGGUGCUUUGCUAGAAAUUAUCUAUGGAAGUCUCGUCUCCGUCACCGUCACUAGCCCCGAUUAUGAAACCCUUAUGGUCAUCCAAGCUGCUCGCCGCCUGUACAACACCAAAGGCAAAAAGCUCCCUCUUCCUAUGGUUGUGGAGCUGAACCGCCGUCUUGUGAAAGGUUACGCUCACUUCAAGGACGAUCCCAGGAUCGUUGAUAUGCGCAAGUCUAUUGUAGGAUACAACAAACAGCUCCGCAUCCUCGGGAUCCGGGAUCACCAAGUCGCCUAUGCCAAGUUCACCAUUUUACAGGUGGUGGCUACAUUGAUCUACCGUCUAGGCAAAUUGGCCCUCCUGACCAUUGGCACACUCCCCGGUUUCUUGCUCUUCACACCCGUCUUCAUCGCGACCAAGUAUCUCUCAGCAAAGAAGUCCAAGGAGGCACUGGCUGCCUCUACCGUAAAACUUCAAGGACGAGAUGUUAUGGCCACAUGGAAGCUUCUGAUUGCACUUGCGUUUGCUCCAGCACUCUACGCAUUCUAUACUGCCUCCUUCACUUAUUGGACAUACUGGAACCGGGUCAAUGGAUUCGUUCCAGACUGGGUUCCUCUUUGGUCGGUGGUGAUGGGAGGCAUGGUCCUGUUCCCCACAAUCACCUUCGCGGCACUCCGGAUUGGUGAGGUGGGCAUGGACAUCAUCAAGUCACUUCGCCCGCUCGUUCUGUCGCUAAACCCCUCAUCGGCUAACACAUUGGUACGACUUCGUGAGAGACGCGCUGCACUAGCCCAGCAAGUGACAGAUGCGAUCAACACCAUGGGACCCGAGUUGUUCCCCGACUUUGAUGCCUCUCGGAUUGUCACAGAUCCAUUCAGUAAAGAAGAGGCAAACCCAACAGAAACUAAGCCUCACAAUGUACUGCCGGAGAUCAGAAAGACCAGCGUGUCAGACCAUGACGAGAAAAUGCCUGCAUCCGAGCCCCUGCCUCGCAAUGAGUCCUUCCACAAUUUGGCUAACAUUGGCUUCUUCUCCACCCGGCCUCCUAGUCGUGACCGCAGCCGCAGCAGCUCUGCCAGUGUUCGACCUGGGUCUCGGCACGGGUUGAAGCCACUCAGCCCUCUCACCAUGAAAGAUCCACUCGAAGACGUGAGUUCGCGUAUCCGGGAUGCCAUGCGCGAGCGUGGAGAACGCCGUCGUCGCCGAAGCGAAGAUGGGAGCUGGGAUAUGGGCAGCUCAGGCCCUGGAACCCCAUCCAGCGAGGAGUACCGAAAAGAUCUUUGA